AUGGGCGGUGCCAUGCUCAACCCGAGGCAGUCGUUGCGCCUUCGACAGAUCGUGAUCAUAUGCGUCGGCCUAUUGGCCUUGUACCUAUUUCUGCCCAAGCCGGAAGCAAGCUUGGAUUCUUCGCGGACAUUGCUCGGCGAGUUGCCAGAGAAUUGGAAGAGCGCGUCCUCGUCGUCCAGCAAGGCAACGACGAGACUUUCGGAAGAGUUGCUCAAUAAUCGAUUUCUGACGGCCCAACAGUGCGCCAGCGCAUUUCCGGGGCUGACGCGAGAGAUUGAUGAUGCCGUGGCCAAGGGGCCGUUUGUACUCGAGAAGAGCGGACCGCUGGGACCAUUGAUUGCCCAGGUUAAGAAUGGAAAGCUCUUCAUCCUCCACGCCGCCUCCACGAGAGACCUCUCUCGGGACAUGAUCUUACACCGGACGGCGACCUUACACCAGAUUCACAGAGCACUCCUGACUGCGCCCUCUCCUCUCGAGAUCCCAGACACCAUCUUUGCCUUUAACCAUCACGACAACCCAACUGCCAGGACCUUUUCAUACUCCCGCCCGGCGGACCCGGCCCGCAACGGACCUUCGGCCCCGUACUUUCCCAUUCCGCACUUUGGGUUCUGGUCCUGGCCACUGCCCUUUAUCAAAUCCCUCCCGGACGCGGCAUCAGCCAUCGCGGCGCUCGAGUCGGGCCUCUCCUGGUCCGGCAAGGACCCGCGGGCCGUGUGGCGGGGGACACCACACUUCAACUCGCCCUCGACGGCGUCGGCACACACGCGGCAAGAUCUCGUCCUGACGGCCGGGCACCGGCCCUGGUCCGACGUGGAGGCGCUCGAGUGGACGGGCCCCAACGGCCGCAACGCCAGCAACGCCCUGCCCAUUGCCGACUUCUGCGGUUACCGCUACAUUGUGCACACGGAGGGGGUGACGUACUCGGGCCGCAUGCCCUUUCACCAGCUCUGCGCCAGCGUCGUCUUGACGCCCCCGCUGGGCUGGAUGCAGCACACGAGCCGCCUGAUCCGGCCCGUCUUUUCGUAUAAUCUGCCCGGGGAUGGUGUGCAGCGCACGCUGCGGCCCGGCCGCGAUCUCGGUGGCGGCGUCGUGGAAAAGGUUUCGCUGGCCCCGUACCCUUCCGCCUGGGUCGCGGCGGCCUGGGGGGGAGGGUACACGGUGGACGAGGCCAACAUGGUCUUUGUGGCGCCCGACUGGAGCGAUCUCGAGGCCGUCGUCGGCUGGCUGGAGAGGCACCCCGAUGUCGCCGAGGGUAUUGCCCGGCGUCAGCGCGAGACGUACCACGGGGCCGGAUUUUUGAGCCCGGCUGCCGAGACGUGCUACUGGCGCGCUGCAAUCCGGGGCUGGAGCUCCGUGGUGGACUAUCGUGAUUUGGAGGUUGAGAAUAUGGAGGCUGUGCCUUAUGAGGAAUUUGUGAUUACACAAAAUACGAAAUGA